AUGGUCCGAGAAUUGGGUGCGCGCUACUGGAUCAGCGCACACGACGAAGUCAAGGAAAAUCUAGGCUGGUCUGUGAAAUGGAUCAAGAGUUCUUCAUACACAGUAGAAGAAGCACAAGAAAUGUUGAAUGAGGAAAAGAAGAAUAUUGCAUUGCAUCAGGAAGGAAAGCGAGCAAAAGCGGAUCAUAGGACACAAAUUGUCAGAUUGGAUGUGGGAGAAAAGCUACGCAUUGUUUGA